UGAAGAUGGCGUCGGAUUCAAACGGCUUCCGAUUAAAUGUUGAAGGUUAAAAAUAAUAAAAACUAAACUGGGUUCAGAAGCGGAGCGAUGCAGACCGAAGCGGCGGAGCAGAGGAGACAGCCUGCCCGCGGCCGGCGGGGGGAGAGCGGGCACGGCCGAGCAGACCCGCGGGGGAACCGGUCCAAGGUUGCGGUCAGCUCUGUCGGGAGCUCCGAGGAGGAGAUAUCAAGGUUGAAAGAAAUCAUCACCGUCAUGCAACGGAAAGAGAAGCCGGCAGGAGAUGGAGGAGGAAGCAGAGAGGCAGAUGAGGAGGAAGAGGAGCGAGAGAGAGCGAGAGGGAGGGACAGAAAUCGAGGAGAUGGAGGGAAGAGGAGGGACGGGAGAGGGAGGAGGGCGGCGUCAGAGGGAGGUGACGGGAGUGAGGAGAGGGGGAGGCUGAGGCGGAGAGUCAACCAGCUGGAGAAAGAGAAGCUGGAGCUGACGUCUAGCCACAACCAGGAGCUGUGCAGGCUGCAGGCGGAGCUGACCCGGCUGAGGUCGUCAGUGGAGCGAGGUGAAGCUCAGAGGGUGGAGCUUCAGUAUCAGCUGACUGUGAGUCAGAGAGACGCCGACCGAGCCGCCAAGCUCAGCCGAGACAAACACACACUCACAGAGCGAGCAGCAGAGCUCCAGCACACAUUGCAGGAGCUGCAGAAAGCUCUGGACAUCACCCGACACGCCAGGGAGGAGGACCAGCAUGCUUUGCAGCAGGAAGUCGAGGAGCGUGACAAACUGAUUCAGAGCUUCAGUUCUGAAAACCAGCGACUGCACCGACUGCUGCAGGCUCAGGAGGAGGCUCUGGAGGAGUCGGAGAGGAGGAUGGCGGAGGUGCAGAAGGAGAGAGAGAAGGAGGCUGAGGUGAACAGACGACAAGCAGACGAGCUGAAAUACCUGAGGGAGAGAGAGGAGAGGAGCAGGAAGGAGAAGGAGGUGUCAGAUCAGAGGGUGAGGUCUCUGGAGGCGAGCGUCGAGGCGGAGCGAGCGGCUCACCUGGAGUCCAAGUUCAACUCUGAGAUAAUCCAGCUGCGGGUGCGGGACCUGGAGACGGCGGUGGCGGUGGAGCGGUCCGGCCAGCAGGAGGCGCAGUGCAGCCUGGAGCUGCUGAGGGCUCAGUUCAGAGAGGUGGAGAGAGCUUACAGCCUGGAGAGAGAGAGGAGCGGCAGCACUGAGCGCGCUCUGGAGCGGCUGCAGACAGAGUACGAGCAGUGUAAGUCUGAGCUGAGCAUCGCUCUGGAAACCGAGAGGAAGACGACCUCUGACCUCUCAGGAAGGCUGGAGGAAGAAAAGAAACGACACGCCGACACACACUCGCUGCUGGAGGAGGCAGCUAAGAGACAGUCUGACUCUGAGGAUGUUCAUGUGAACUGUGUGCAAAGGAUCAGAGAAACACUCCAACAACACAACAACACAGUGCAUGAUGGGAAACAGAGUUCUUCUGCUGAGGUGCUGCAGCUGCUGAAGACGACGCUCGGUAACGACCGGCUCAGACUGGAGGAGACUGAGAAGCAGGUCCAGGAUCUGCUGUCUGUGUCAGAGCGGCUGCAGGAGGAGAACCACACCCUCCGACAGCUGACCUCCGAUCAGAGCAGACAGAUGGAGGAGUCUCGGCAGGUGUCCGUCAACCUGGAGGAGGAGCUGACUCGCCUUCGCCAGGAGAGCUCCGAUUGGUCGACACAUAGCCGCGGCCUGCAGGCAGAGCUGCAGAGAGAGAGGGAGGAGAGGAAGAGAGAGGAGGAGGAGAGGACGGCAGAAGUCCAGAAGAUAACUGAGCAUUUCCACAAAGAGUCGAAGGCCCGGCUGUCCUUCCUCUACUGUCUGUACCAGCGCCUCCUGGCCGGCUGCGUCCUCCUCAAUCAGCCCCACAGCAUCCUGGGUAACUUCACCUGGAAGGAGCUGUGUGAUGUCAUCACUGAACAGGUGGACGGGCUGACCUCUGACCUCCAGAAGGCCAACGACAAGAUCGCUCACCUGCAGCGCGUGUGCGACAAGAAGAGCGAGUGUGUGCGCGAGCUUCAGCGCAGCCAGGAGUGUGUGUUGUCUCGUCUGGAGGAGAGCGUGAGGAGGAGGGAGGAGGCCUGGAGCAGCCGACACACACACACGGUGUCACAGCUGGAGAACGAGCUGCAGGUGUGUCGCUCUCAGUGCGACUCUCUCCGCGAUCACGUCUCCUCCCUGGAGCUCCGCUGCUCCUCUCUGACCUCUGACCUCUCCCGGCUCCAGGGCCUCCUCUCGCGGAGCCGAAAGGAGUCGGCCUCCCUCCUGUCGGCCUGCGCCCUGCUCGCCGGGGCGUGGGAACACACCCGCCGCCGUCUGCGGUGGCUGUGCGAGCAGAAAACCCUCCUGUCCCGGCGGCUGGCAGAGAGGGAGCUGCUGGAGGAGGAGGUGAGGAGGCUGGCCGACGCUCUGGGAGGCGAGGAAGAGGAGGGACCAGGAAGGAGGGCAGUGAGGAGGUGGAGGAGGAGUGUGUGCGCGGUGCUGGCGGCGAGGAGGUGGUGCACUCUGGCUAAAAAGACGACAGUGUUGUUUCGACUGGAAGGAGGCGGCGGCGGUUCGGCGGUGUGUGUCUGCGGAGAGUUGGCUACGGCAACACGGAAGGGUCAAGACAUGAGCAGUGCAGAUGAUGGUGGUGAUGAAGGUCGUGCAGGUGUGUGCGCUCGGUGGCUUCGCUCUAAACGUCUCUCCUCCACCAUAGUGUCCUCCAUGGCCGACCUGCAGGGGGCGCUAACACACACUGGCUCCUCCCCCUCAGACGUGACGUCGGCAGCUCGUUCAGGUUUGUCCCGCCUCUUGGUUCACCUUCUUGACCAAUCAGACGUGGUGUCCCACAGAGUGGACGAGGAGACGCUGAGCGGCCGGCUGAGACUCGGCCUGAACAGACUGACACCUUCACAACCCAACAUGAAGGCCCUGGUGUCGACCCUCCAGCAGCAGUUCCUGCUCUUCAGCCAACGACUGCACUCAGCCGAGGUGGAGAGGCGGAGUCUGCGGCUGGAGGUGGCCAAUCUGAAGAGAGGGCUGCGGCGGGAGAGGGAGGACACCUGCAGGACGGUCCCACCCGAGCGUUUCCACAGUGUGUGUGUGGAGCUGCGUCAGGCUCUGAACAGAGAGCAGGAGGCUCAGACGCUGAUCCAGGAACAGACCAACCAGCUGCACACGCUGCAGCUACAAGUCAACACACACACCUCGGAGCAGACCAGCACACAACACACACUGAGCCGGACCACACAGGCUCUGUCCGAGGCUCGGCACGAGGCGAGUCGGAAGGAGCGCUCGCUGAGGAUUCUGGGUAAGCACCUGUCAGGUGUUCAGAAGGAGAGGAAGCAGCUGGAAGAGCGGCUGCAGCGAGCCGAGGUUGAGCUGAGGGACGCCGCCAGGCGUAAGGAUCAUGUGAUCAGCUACAUGAAGGCUGCAGAGAUGAGCUACAAGGAGGUCAGGGAAAGUCUCAUCCAAUCACGGCACUUGCUCUUAGCUCAGCCCCGCCCCCUGCUGUUACCCAGGGAACACCUGGAGCUAAGUGGAGCAGAGAGCAUCAUGGGAGAUCCAGAGGUGGCAGCAUGCCAGAGUCUUCUCUCCAUCAUCUCUCAGGUGUGUCACACCUGCAGUUCCAGGAUAGACUGGUUGGAGCAGGAAGUCGCCGCCCACCGCAGUCACGUGACAGCUCUGCGCAGCGAGCUGCAGGACGCCUGUCUCCGUGACAACCUGGCCUUCGUCCCUGUGACAGAGUUUCCUGAAACCUUCCCGUUCGCUGACAUUGAAAUACCUCCACCUGUUCCCCUCUCUGAUUCCUCAAAGGACCCACCAGUGUGUUUAAACCCCGCCCCCUCCUCCCAACCAAAACCUGCCCCCUCCACCCUGCUCCCCAAACAACCCCCCAGGGCCAAGAUGAAGGAGAAGAGGAAGAGCAGAGGACACGUGAAGAGCGGCGGGAGGAGAUAGACACACCUGGAAAACUGAAGACCACCUUCUAGUUUUGGAAAGUUAUGGAACAGUCCUGGUAUUUCGUCUGUUUAUGUCAUGGCAACAUGGAAAGUCCUGGAAAAGUGUGAAGUCAGUCGAUCAGUAAACGUCCAGAAAAUCAAAACUUUAUUUAUACGAGUUUCAGCUGUAGAAAAAAAACUUUUACUUUAUAUCUUUCUCCACACACAGCUGGUUGGUGACAGACGUGUGGAGGCCAUAUGGUGUGUGUGUGUGUGUGUGUGUGUGUGUGUGUGUGUGUGCGUGUGCGUGUGCGUGUGUGCGUGCGUGUGUGUGAGUGUGUGUGAGACAGAUCAGCAGCUGGUUACUGUGUCAGUUUCCUUCACUAAAACGUUUUCAGAAGAUUUAAUGCAGAAGGAAAAGGCCACUCAUAGAACCCAGGUGACACAGGUGAUCAGUGUGAAUCCACCUGCAGCAGAUCUUCAGUCUCGUUUCUCUCAGAUUUGAACUGUAUUGUUUUAAUUAUCUCCUUUUUCUUUGUAGUUGUGAGUUAAUUGAAGAGAGGAUUUAGUCCAGGACAUCUGUAUCAGACUGAAUUCAUUUUAGCUUGGCGUACGGAAUAAACGUGUGUGUGUGUGUGUGUGUGUGUGUGUGUGUGUGUGUGUGUGUGUGUGUGUGUGUGUGUGUGUGUGUGUGUGUGUGUAACAGUGGCCAAAGAUGCUGGAAAUGUAGAAACAAAAGUGAGAAAAGUUUUCAACCAGAAGAAGAAAAACACGACAUUUUACUUCUGCUGCAUCAGCACGACGACCGUGUGUGUGUGUGUGUGUGUGUGUGUGUGUGUGUGUGUGUGUGCGCCCCCUCAGGCUUUGCCUCUGUGGAUUUCUAUUAAUGUGCGAGUACAAAGUACAUGCUCACGCUCACACACCCUCAGGCUCUGUGUGUGUGUGAGUGUUGAGACGUCAACAAAGCGACUUAAGCUGCUGUCACACACACACACACACACACACACACUCUCACUGAGUUGUGCUGAUUCAGCUGAACAGGAAUCUCUUCUUUCCUCUGGAGAUGUUUGGUCCUUCGAUGGUUCAUCUCUCUCUCGCUUCCAUCUGCACUAAAAAAAAAAAAAAUACAUUUUCUAAAUUUUAGUGUUUUAUUUAAUUUUUUUAAUGAUGUGGAAUUUCAUGUGACAAAACCUUCACAAUCUCCACUAAUCUGUCAGUUUAUUAGGAACUCUGAGCUGAGACUCAGUGUGAUGCAUCACUUCCUGUAAUGAGGUAUUUUUAGAGACGUGUUGAUUCAUUUCGGAGGCUGUAGCUUUGUUGCUGUUGAACUGUUUAUUUGACCUGCGACGUCCGGAGCUUCUCCAGUCUUCCUCUUCUGGACGGACAGACAACCUGAAAACAAAAUGUCCUCCGGUUCUGACUGUCUGACUAUCAUCCGGAUCUGCCCAGAGAUGAAACGGGUUCAUCACUUUCCUGUGACCCGUCGCUCCGUAAAGUUUCUCCUGCUCACAAACAAACAGACGAGUAAAAUACAAGCAGCAGAAAAGGAAGGAUGCUGAUUGGCUGCAGUGACGGAGGUUGUUACUCUGUUUCAGGUUUCCUCGUCUCUCCCCAGGUGGACUUCGGCUGUGGUCAUGUGGUUUGUGUCAGACCAGGCAGCUUCACAGAUGUUUGUUUGUUUGUUUGUUUGUUUGUUUUGUGGAGGGAAAACUUUGCAGUCUUGUCGUCUUUUCGCUGUCUUGGGGGUGACUGGUGUGACUGCUGCAAUUAAAACUCUUUUCUUCA